AUGGCGCUAUCACUGGCACUGAUUCAGAUGGCGGCGCAGUUGACGGUGCUGAUGCGGCGGGAGAAGCGGGAGGCGACGGGGGGAAGCAGCGCGCGGACAGAGGCUCCUCAAUGGCCGCGGGUCGAAAGGCGCAGCUUGGCGUCUGGCGGCGACCGCGCCCACGAGGUGGCGGCGCAUAGGAACGGCGCGCGGGCAGGAGGAGUGGCGCGAGAGGAGGCGUGGGGUGCAGGGGGAGAAGAGAGGGAGGGGAAAGGAGAGAGAGGAGUGCGGGAAGGGAGAGAAGGGAGAGAAGGGAGAGAAGGCCAGGCACUGGCUUUUACUGGUGCGAGUGGUUGGAGCGCAGCAGCAGCAGCGACUUCCUCUUUCGCAGCUGCCUUGGAUCGUCGCUCCCUAGGCCCUCUCAGGGCGUUCUACACAGCGAUUCAGCUGGGCUCGCAGCAGCAGGCGCUGCAGGUGGGGGUGGCAACAGCAGCAGCCAUGACUGCCGUGCCCUGCCUCUGCGCCUCCUGCGCUGUCUCCGGCCGCCUCUCCCCUCCCUCCAUCCCUGCUGCUCCCAACGCCCCGGUGCGUCCCCCUCCUCCUGUCCUGCAUGUGGGGUUUCUGGGCUUGCACCAGGCUUUCCCCCAGCCCACCAUUCGCGUACCUCUCAGCACCACAGCAGCCAUCAUCCCGUGCAUAUCUCCUGACAAGUGCCAGCUGCUUGGGAACGGCUUUGGCUGCUCACUAGUCAACGCCACCGACCUCUCCUGCCAGUUCAACCUGCCUCUGCUCUCGGGGGGCGCCCUGGGGGGAAGUCUCGUGGGCACUGUCGUGCAAGACGUGGUGCUGCUGCCGGGGGGAGUGGGGGAGGGAGGUGGUUUGUCUCAGUCUCCAGGCCUUAUCUUAUCAUUGUCCACACUGGCUUCCCCUCCUCUCAAACCCCCCUCUCCUCCCCCUCCAUACAUAUUACCCUCCCAUUUUCUCGUUCCUCCCUUUUCCUCCCUUUCCCCUCCCUUUUCCCUCCCUCUCCCCUCCCCUCCCCUCCCUUUUUCCUCCUCUCCCUCUUCCCUCAGCUGUGCACAGCAGGACGGGGAGGCAUCAGCCCUCUCCUCCUCACUCUACCCCGAUGGUCUCCUCUCCCUCUCCCGCUCAGCCACCUCCCUCCCCUCGCAACUCGUCGCCCCUUUCCCCGCCUCCCCUGCUGCCGCAGCAGCUGAGGGUUACCCUGGGGGAGGGGGAGAAGGAUGGGGAGGAGCAGCAUCAGCAGCGCAAGAAUCCCUAGUCAACUCUAUUACUCAGCUCUAUUACGUGGCCAUAGCAUCGCUGCAGGUGGCAGCACAGCCACUGCCGCUGCCAGGCAUGACAUGGGAGUCGGUACCAGAGCAGGGCCGGGGAGCUGUCAUCAGCUCCUCUGCGCCCCUCACUGCUCUGCCCCCCACCGCUUACAAUGCCUUUGUCAAACAGGUGCUGCUGCUGGUACCCGGUGCGAAGCUCACAGCCACAGCACCGCCCACCCUGCCAGUGCAGCUGGACUGCUACGACCUGCCUGCCACUGUCAACAUCUCCUCCCGCGCAGCGCUCUUGGCCUCCUUCCCUCUCGCCCGCCUGGACUUCACCAAUGGAGCCUUCUGGUGGUUACCACCGGACACGUAUCUCCUGCUGCCCGACCCAGCAGCCCUGCCCAGGACAGUGUGUUUCGCGCUGCAGAAGACAUUGACCAACACUCCCCACACCAUCAUUGGAGACGUCUCAAAAGUCGUUGCCUCCUCCCCUCUCUCCUGCUCGCCACCACCAGCGCCCUGGCUGUUCAACAAGCAUGUCUACUUCAACAACGUUGCUUCCCGCAUUUCAUGGGCCGACAUGAACUGCACAACGUCUCAGCCACUCAAGUACAAGUGGAACAAAACACCCCCGCCUCCCUCCCCCAGUCCCCCCUUCCCCCCUCCUCCCAGUAGCCCUCCCCCUCGUCCCCCCUUCCCACCCCCGCUUCCCCCACCCUCUCCCCCUCCGUUUCCUCCCCCUAUUCCCCCGCCGCUUCCUUCCCCCCCUCCCCCUUCCCUACCUCCGCCUCCUCCCCCUUCUCCUCCCCCUCCUGCCUCCCCACCUUCCCCUCCCCCUGCGCCCCCUCCUGCCCCUCCUCCUGCCCCUCCUCCUGCCCCUCCCCCUGCGUCACUUCCCCCUUCUCUUCCCCCACCCGCCCCGCCUCCUGCUCCCCCUCCCUCACCUCCCCCUUCUCCCCCACCCCCUCUCCCACCCCCAUCCCUCCCUCCAACCAUCCCCCCUAUCCCCCCACCUCUUUCCCCUCCAUCUCCCCCCCCACCGUCCCCCUCGCCUGCUCCCCCGCCUGCUCUUCCCCCUGCCCCUCCUCCCGAAACCCCAGUGAUUCCCCCCCUCGAAACUCCCCCUGUCAUGCCCCCAAUCCUCCCCCCGAUUCCUCCCCCCGAGCCCCCCCCUUCCCCCAACCCCCCAGCAUCUCCACCCCCACAAUCCGAACCUCCCACCGCCGCCCCUCCUCCCGAGCCUGCAUACGCACCUCCUCCCGAACCACCAGCCUCACCUCCGCCCACCGAACCUCCCCCUUCACCACCCCCUCCCGAACCUGAAACCCCCGCGGACUCCAACUGCCCUCCCGAACCCAGCUUGUGCGGUUUCAUCCUUGGAGGUUCGGAAACCACCGUACCUCGCAUCACGCUACAGCAGCUGCUGGAUCCAGGCUCGGCAGAUGGACUAACCACAGUGACUAUAGCUCCGACAGAGGUCAACACAGGGGAGAGCGGUGGGGGGGAGACUAACGGAGGGGGGGAUAACGGGGGAGGGGAUAGCGGAGGGGGAGUACGAGUGGUGGUGAUUAAUGUGGGCUCAGCAGAGAUCAUAUGUGGGGAUGGAGUGGAGGACAAGACAACAGCAGCAGCUACUAACGCUUUUUUCUUCCAAAGCAAUGUGCUAACCGCACGAAACAUCAUGGAUAUUCUCUCGGCCAACCUAGCCAACCGCUACAUCCGGUUACCCAUCAGUGCCGCGCAGGUGUCCACCGAUGCUGCAACGUUCAAUCUCAACACAGGUGACGGCAACAGCAUCAUUCCGGACGAGAGGCGCUGUGUGGUGUUCUACUUCUCAUCCUCCGAUGGCUCUUCUUCUGACAGCUCAACUGAAAGCUCAUACGACGGCUCUGAUAGCUCAUCUCAUGACUCCGACGGUUCUGAUCACUCGUCUGACGGUUCUGGCGGCUCGUCACAAGACUCGUCCCAUGACUCGUCACACGGCUCGUCUGGCGAUUCACAUUACAGCUCAUCCAGCACCUCAGCUGAGGAGUUCAACCCUUUCUCACAUCAUCCCAAAUACUAUCACCAACACUUGUCCCCACAAAGAUCGCUUACCACUUGA